GCAUAAUUAUGUCGGGCUUUGAACCAUCGGCCAAAUGGCAAGCGUAUAUAAACUCAAGCAAUUGUCAUAUUUUUAUCAGUUCAGUUUUGUUUUCUCAACAAUACAGCACAAAUCAAACACAAGAUGUUCAAAUACUUCGCUCUCGUUUUCGUUGCGCUCUUCGCCUUCGCCGCCGCCGAGCCUAAACCCGCUGUGGUAGCAGCACCAUUGGCCUACUCAGCUCCUCUGGUCGCCUCCCCCUACGCCGCUGCCUAUGCUGCCCCAUAUGCCGCUUACGCCGCCGCUCCCUAUGCCGCCUACGCUUCACCCUACGCCGCCUACUCCGCUUACCCAUACAGCGCCGCCUAUGUGCUUCGCAAGUAAACGGAACCUAGCAGUAGAACUGCGGAACUGUGAUUGUACAAUAAAUGAGAUUGAUUGGCAUUGAAUGGGAGAAAAUUUGACUCAAACUUAUUGAAAGAAAUUAAAUAAAACUGAAAAUUUAGAAACGAAGUCACAAACUUUUAUUAUUUUAAUGUUCUUUUCCACGUGACCAAUUUAAGUUGGUCAUUUUCAGAGCAAAUAAUAACAUAUUUAAAUUUCCUUUGGGUGAAAAAACAACAAUAUUUAAUAUUUUCUGUCCAACAUAACACUCUAUUUUUGCUCUUUCUAUAGCUAUAGGAAAUCAGAUAUGUGGGAA